UUCCCUCCCUUCACACAAAUCAAACACCUACCCUUUCUUCUCUCUUCUCCCCCUCAACCUGCGGCUAUGUCCAACGGCCAAAUUCUCCAAGUCCUUUUUCUCGCCUUGGUCGUCGCCGUUGCUUCAGCCGACUUCAACACCGACAUUGACAUCUCUUGGGGUGCCGGGAGGGGGAAAUUCUUGAACGGAAACCUCCUCCAGCUCAGCCUUGACAGGGGUUCGGGCUCGGGCUUCCGGUCUCGGGCAGAAUACCUCUAUGGAAGGGUCGACAUGGAUAUCAAGCUCGUCCUUGGAAAUUCAGCUGGCACAGUCACGACGUAUUACUUGUCAUCUCAAGGCCCCACCCAUGAUGAGAUAGAUUUCGAGUUUUUGGGGAACGUCACUGGAGAGCCGUACAUACUCCACACCAACGUGUUUUCACAGGGGAAGGGGAAUAGAGAGCAGCAGUUUUAUCUGUGGUUUGAUCCCAGAGCAGACUUUCACACAUACUCCAUACUCUGGAACCCGCAGCAGAUCAUCUUCUAUGUGGAUGGCACCCCAAUCCGAGAAUUCCGCAACAUUGAAUCAUCCGCAGGAGUACCAUACCCAAAAUCCCAGCCGAUGCGCCUCUACUCCAGUCUCUGGGACGCCGAGGACUGGGCGACUCGUGGAGGACUGGUGAAGACCGACUGGAGCCAGGCCCCCUUCGUUGCGUCCUACAGAAACUUUCGUGCUGACGCGUGCGUCUGGUCAUCUGGCCGCAGUGCUUGCUCAGCAUCAAAGGGAACUUGGUGGGCGCAAUCUUUGGAUGCCGGUGGAGCCCAAAAGCUCAGGUGGGUCCGUAAAAACUACAUGAUUUAUAACUACUGCACCGACACCAAAAGGUUUGGGCAGGGGUUUCCUCCUGAGUGCUCACAGGAGAUGGCUCCCUGAUCAAAAUAAAAAACAUACGUAUGAGAUUGAACAGCGAUUGGCGAAGAUGAAAAGUAUCGAAUUAGUUGUGUAAAAUGGUUGAAAGCUUCUGACCAAUGUGUGUAAAGCGGUACCGUAUGUUAUGUAAUUAAUUGUUUGUGAAUUAUCUGCACCCAAAAAAAAUUGUUGUGAAUGAAAACUGAUACUAUUGUGCUUAAUAAUAACGUCGACAAAAGGUAUCA